UUACACAAACCCAACAACACAAAGUUUUUUUUUUUUUUUUUUUUUUUGAAUUUUAAACUAUGAAAUUGAAAGCCCCUUCAAAUUCCCAUGCUUCUCUUUUACUGUGUGUAAUGUGUUGAAGGCAUCUAGACUCAUCACCUACCACUGAUAACUCCUUUCAUUCUCUCUUAUCAUCUCCCCACCCCCAUUCAGCGUCUCUAUUGCAAGGAAUUCCAUCUCCUUGUUCUCCUGGUUUGAACCCACACAACAAGACUUCUUCUUCUUGUCAUUUGUGGCUCUGGUUUCCCAGUUUAGUUCUGCAUUCACAUUUGCUUCCAAUCCAUGGACAAAGCCCACAUGAAAAAUGAAAUCUUUUUGUCUACAUAAUUGGUCUUUCUGUGAACUCCCUUGAUUUGGGUUCCUUGGAUGGAACUCUUCUUCGGACGGGGUUUCUGGGUCCGAGAUCUGAGGAUGCGGGGUUUGAUUUCUUAGCCUGAAGAUUGUGGAAUGCUGGAGUGGCUUCAAAGAUCUGAUCUUUGGAAGUUCCUCUCCUGAUUACCGUCACUUGUAGGAAUAGUGAAGUAUGUGACUAUGUUUAUAUGUGGGGAUAUCAAUCUUCAUGUCAAUUCUGCGCCAACAAUAGUUUCGUUAUUCUUGAAUAUCUUGGGCCAUUAAUUUAAGUCUUUGGCAUUGCAAAGGAGAACAAAAUAUGGCCACUGAUCUGAAUUCAGAAUUAUCCAAGAAGACACACAUUUUUGGCUUCAAGGUGUGGGAAGUUAUUGGGAUUGCUGUUGCAUUAUUUAUCAUAGUCAUUCUUGCUGUGUUGUCGUUCUGUUUAACUUCGAGGAAGAAAUCAAGAGUUGCCAGAAACAAGCUUCCCCUUAGCCAAAUCCCUACUUUUUCAAAGGAAAUCAAGGAAGUCAGGGUGGAGCAAGUGCCAACCAAUGAGUUUGUUCCUCGGGAUGGGAUUCUUCUCACAAUUCAUGACAAGUCAAGUGAUAAAGAUUCUGAUAAGGUUAUGGUUCAUCUGGGUAUGAGUAAAGUGAAGAAUGGAGAUAAUAGCAGUCUAUCAGGUUCAUUUCAUCACUUAGAAAAAGAUGGUGAAUCUCAGUCAGGUGAAGAAGGAGGCUCAGGCAAAGUGAAUGUGUACAAGCCUUCUUCUUCAUAUCCAAUAGCUGCCCCUUCUCCUCUCUCCGGACUGCCCGAGUUCUCUCACUUGGGUUGGGGUCACUGGUUUACAAUGAGGGAUCUUGAACUUGCGACAAACCGGUUUUCCAAGGAAAAUGUACUUGGUGAGGGUGGAUAUGGAGUUGUUUAUCAGGGAAAUCUGAUCAAUGGAACUCCAGUGGCAGUUAAGAAGAUUCUCAAUAACCUUGGCCAAGCAGAAAAAGAGUUUAGGGUGGAAGUCGAAGCUAUCGGGCAUGUGCGCCACAAGAAUUUGGUUCGUCUUCUGGGAUACUGCAUUGAAGGAACACAUAGGAUGUUGGUUUAUGAGUAUGUCAACAAUGGAAAUUUAGAACAAUGGCUUCAUGGUGCUAUGUGCCAGCAUGGUUAUCUUACUUGGGAGGCCCGCAUGAAGGUUCUUCUUGGCACAGCUAAGGCUCUUGCUUACUUGCACGAGGCAAUUGAGCCAAAAGUGGUGCAUCGGGAUAUUAAGUCAAGCAAUAUAUUAAUUGAUGAUGAAUUCAAUGCAAAGGUUUCAGAUUUCGGCCUGGCCAAGUUGUUGGGUGCUGGAAAGAGCCAUGUCACAACUCGAGUUAUGGGAACAUUUGGAUACGUGGCUCCGGAAUAUGCUAAUACUGGCCUUCUGAAUGAAAAGAGCGAUGUUUAUAGCUUCGGGGUUGUUAUUUUGGAAGCCAUUACUGGCAGAGAUCCUGUGGACUAUGGCCGUCCUGCCCAUGAGGUAAACCUCGUUGAUUGGCUGAAAAUGAUGGUCGGUAGCAGGCGAUCUGACGAAGUGGUUGAUCCAAAUAUUGAGGUAAGGCCAUCAACAAGAGCUCUAAAGCGGGCCCUUUUGACUGCUCUGAGGUGCGUUGAUCCGGAUUCUGAAAAAAGGCCUAAGAUGGGCCAAGUUGUUCGUAUGCUUGAGUCCGAGGAAUAUCCUAUACCAAGAGAGGAUCGCCGGCAUCGAAGAACACACGGAGGUGAUACGGAGAUUGGAUCGCAGAAAGAAAAUUCAGACACUGAUAAGAGUGAUUAUCCAGUGUCUAGAUCGGAGAGCAGACGAAGAUAACAAAAGAGGAGAUUUGUUUGGAUGAUCUAAAGAAUUUACGAGUUGGGUGUCCAUUUUUUUUCCAGAUGUCAUAACAAAUUUUUAAUAGUCUUGGGUUGGCGGCUUCUACGUAUAAGUUUGUCAAUAUGUAGGUGUGUUGGAUGUUUUGGGUAGGGGAGGAAGACGAUGCUAUUCUUUGUACUACAUUUUGGUUUGUAGAUAGAUGGGAGAGAUGAUUUGUGUAAGAAAUUGAUACUUGCGAAGAGCCCAGAUCAUUUGGGAGGUGUGUAUAGAAUUCAAUUGCUCUUCGACUUGAAGAAUGUUUUUGAUGAAUUAUUUUUCGUAAGCUCUUAGUUAUGACUUUCUGGCUGA